AUGGGCCGACUCGACGAACAUAUAGUGCUGCACCUGAGACCCAGUCGCCGUAGCAUCAGCAACGAGCGUGAUGGUCAAGUUGAACGCAAUUCAAGACCACCACAAAGCAACGUCAACUAUCAGGUCCUGGAAACCAGCACCAUAAUCCCGCCUGCCGGAUUAGCAGAACUCACUGUCGAAGCGCUUCACACCCACAAAAAUCUUCAGUCCCUUCAGAGAGGCCACCAGUUGGCCAGUUUGCCUCCAUUAUUCGCUGGUGCUGGUAUCAGCUUAUCUCCCUCCGAGAAGAUUGCCUGGCAGAUUCACCUUGCGGGCUUCUUGCCUUCGCGGUCGCACUGUGAUCUUUUUGUGGCCUACUUUUUCGAAGACAUCAACUGGAUCUACCAGGCAAUCCAUGCUCCGUCGUUCCGUCAAAAGUAUGAGGCCCUCUGGGUGGAACCUGUGAAGGACAUCGAUCUGGUCUGGCUCGCCCUUUUGUAUGUUAUUAUAUCGCUUACUGCACUGUACAUCGAUCCUAGGGCAUGUGAGAGUGUCGGUUACGAUGCUUCAGAAAUACGGGACGAUGGACAUCUUUGGUUCCGGCUAUCUCGCCAGGCUCUGCAUGCCGGUGAAUACGACUCUAAGCCCUGCUUGACACAAAUUCAAGUCUUUAUCGAAUCUCAAUCUUAUUGGUAUGCAACGAAGGCCGUCGAAGCGUUGAAUAGCGCUAUGGGUCAGGCCAUACGCUGUGCUCAAGCCAUUCACCUUGACAAGGAUCGAGCUCCUGCCACAAAUCUGGCCUCUGAGCUCCGGCAUCGAUUAUGGUGGGACCUGUGCUGUUCCGAUACCUACCAAUCCCUCUGCCUCGAUCGGCAGCCAUUGAUUCAAGCACAUCUCUCCGACGUACCUUUUCCACAGAAUUGUGAAGAUUGCGAUAUAACAAGUACAACAAUCAACUGCCGCCCGCUUGAUGAACCAACUGUGAUGGCACUACAUGUUCUCCGCGCACGAUUAUUCAAAACAUUUAACAAGCUCUACGCGAACAGUGCAUCUGCAUCCGCGUCCUAUGAAGAGGUAUGUGCGAUCGACCAGGAGAUCCUUACGAUUGUGGAUCAAUAUCCAUGGUAUUUAAAGACACGCGUGGACCGAGGCCACUCUACAGUCAUCAGUUCUACCCUGCCUCCAGUGUUCGACCAUAUCCAAUGGCAGCACCACGUCAUCCACAAUUCAAUUUGUGUCCAACGAAUCCGAAUAUACCGGCCGUUCCUCCGUUCUCGAUUUCACAAUGACUGUUGGUCGAAAUGCAUCGAGGCUGUCGAAGGAGCCUUCGCCGUCUAUCACGCGAUUCGCGAUGCGAAUCCAUCACGUUUCCAGCGGUCACAAAAAAUGCUUGCCCAGAGCUACCAAAUCUUUUGUUCGGCAGUUUCGAUAGCAGUAUUCUUGCUUGUGGAACGUCCCGCCAUACACAGCAGAAUGCAAUCGGAUAUCGAGAUCGUCAUACAAGACUUGCAGCGUAUCGUGCAGAAUCACAGCUCCAUCCCUAUGGCCGUGGCCGGGCGGGUUGUCCUAACGAAAAUCCUUGACGCAUAUAACCUUGGUAACCGGCAACAAGACCGUUCAGGGCCUGAAGAGGCAGUUUCGAACCCCAACUGGCAUACUCUUAUUCCAGAGAUAUAUGCUCACAUGGGCGGACAGGUGAAAACGAAAACAUAUCUCGACCGGUGUGCCGUUUCACACAUUGUGAACCAGGAAGGCAGUAUGAGUGUUUCAGAAUCGGCACCGGACCCUCAUUCCAUGGCAACAUCGAGAUCAGGUGAAAUCGCUGCACCUGAGCCGACUGAAAAUACAAAUUACUCGAGUUCCUUCGACCCGGAUUUCGCGACGUCUUUUGGCUUCGAUCUCCAUUUUGACGUCCUGAAUUGGGGGAUCGAGGAAUUUGAGUUUUUGCAAUGA